GACAGACGUCGCAUUAAGUAGCUUCAUGUCCGAUCCGUUCAUUCAUCUUGUCCUAGGAAUAGCAAGGAGCUGCUCAGAAAAUUCCGAAAAGUUCGACUUGAUGCUAAGUGUCUCACCAUGAGCACUUCUCCCACGACUUGUCCACGGUCUUCUGUUGGCGACACGACUAUCUCGAGGAAGAGAAAGAUUCACAGGAAAUCGCGGCUAGGGUGUCGAAAUUGCAAACUUCGCCGGAUCAAGUGCGACGAGCAGAGGCCUAUGUGUGAGAAAUGCAUCAGCUUCGGUGUGACUUGUAACUAUAACUCGCUCAUCCCGGAUCUUCAACCCAUUGCAGGUACCGCAGAUAAGUCCGGCAGCGAUCAAACAAGUGAUGAGCGCCUCAUCUCAACAUGUUUCUCGGCCAAUGAACAGGUGCUGAAUAUGGUGAACAUCUACCUGAACAUAGAUCUGGACGGUGAUGGUGCGCUCCAAAAAGACUUGACUAGGAACGACAUGGACCGUCUACACAGAUUUCAAGCAAGGACCAUCACAACCAUGGGGACCAAGUCGACUGCUCGCCUCUACCGCAAAGAGAUGAUACACCUGGCCUUCAACCAUCGAUACCUCAUGCAUCUGGUCCAAUACAUGACCGCGUUACAUGAUCGCUUCUUGGCUGGCAAGGCUAUUGCGAAACAGACGCCGGACGAAAACUAUCACAUGGCCCAAGGCCUGAGGGGUCUUCAGACUAAGCUCAAUAAUCCUCUAAGAGCCGAAGAUAGGGAUGCCUUGUUCGUAUCGGCAUCUCUGAUCGGCGUUAUUACCUUCUUCUACAUCGAAGCUGACUCAAUGCAUGAUGUCUGGCCACUUGUCGACAGUGACCUGUCAUGGGUGAGUCUCAGUGACGGCAAGAAAGCGAUUUGGAGGGCGACCAACCCUCUGCGUACUGACAGCAUAUGGCGGCCGAUUGCCGAAAUAUACGAGCGCGACUUGAUGUCUGCACAGAGCGUUACUCCAGAGCAUGUUCUGUCGCCUUUCGACCAUCUCUGCAGUGAGAAAGACGAUUCGAUAGAAGCUCUCAUCAACCCAUAUCACAAAACAGCAAAGUUUCUCAUUUCAUUGCUGGGACUGGAAAUGAACGAUUCCACUUGGAUCAGAUUUCUAGCCUUUAUCUGUCAUGUUGAUCCUCCUUUCAAGAGACUGCUUGAAGUGAAAGACCCUUGGGCAUUGAUGAUACUUGCAUACUGGUUCAUGAAGAUAUGUCGAGGGGCCUGGUGGGCGUCGACACGAGCCGUGGUUCAAGGACAAGCGAUAUGUCUAUAUUUGGAGCGUUACCAUUCUGACGAUCAAGAUCUACAGAAAGCUAUCCCUCUCGUAAAGAAGGAGCUGGAAACAGCCCAGAAAGAAGGUUGGGGAGGAAUUGAAGAUGUCUUGUAUUUUGGGCCCGAAUAUGUACAGCAUGUCAAGCCGGCAGGCGCGGUUUGA